CAUACCAGCACUCGGCGCCUUUAGCCCUAAGAAUUAGUCCGGUGGCCGGAGAGGAUUGUGUCAAUUUAUUAAAACAAAUUGACGUUAGAAAUUGAUGUCUAACUCUAACGUCAGGGGCCUCGCAUCCUAUGAGUUGGUCUAACGAACCACACUCCCACUGGCUCCCGUGUUGUUUCGGCAUCAAAUACGAAUGGAAGGAACUAUAUAUUUAGCUUUGCAAUCUGUUGUUCAUGGAUAAGAAUUUCAUUCACUCCACAACGAUCCCACAAGUUUGAGUUACCGUUUAAAGUUUUGUUUCAUCGAUCAGUUUAAUUUAUCACCGAAUGUUUCCGAAACAAAUGAUUUGCAGAAGCAUACCCACCUCUGCAUCAUGUGAUCGAAACUUGUUCCUGAACCUCAUCAACAAAGCCCCCACUCUCUCUCAACUCAACCAAACACACGCUCAAAUCAUCGUCAACGGUCAGCAAGACCACAUCCCAACGGUCACCAAGCUGACCCAAAAGCUUUCUGACCUUGGGGACAUAACCCAAGCAAGCCUCCUUUGUUCAACAUUCCCCAAACCUGACCUCUUUCUCUACAAUGUCCUCAUCAAAGGAUUCUCACACAACAAAUCACCAGCCAAUGCGGUCUCUCUCUACCUUCACCUUCGCCAAAACACCACCCUUAAGCCGGAUAACUAUACGUACGCAUUCACUGUGUCUGCUUCGUCGGCUUUGUCAUCGGUGAAAGUUGGGUUAUUGCUUCAUGGGCAUGCAAUCGUUGAUGGGUACGCCUCGGAUUUGUUUGUGGGGUCUGCUGUUAUUAAUAUGUACCUUAGUUUUUCCAAGGUUGCACUUGCGUACAAAGUGUUUGAUGGAAUUCCUGAGCCGGACACGGUUUUGUGGAACACGAUGAUUUCUGGGUUGGUGAAGAAUUGUUGUUUUGAGGACUCCAUGCGGGUUUUGAGGGAUAUGGUUGUGAGGGGGACUCAAUUGGAUUCGACAACAUUGGCUGCAUUUCUUCCAGGGGCUGCGGAAUUGCAGGACUUGAGAAUGGGGAUGAUGAUACAGUGUUUGGCAAUGAAGGUUGGGUUUCAUUGUGAUGAUUAUGUUCUCACGGAUCUGAUUUCUUUGUAUUCAAAAUGCGGGGAGAUUCCAACAGCGUGGUUGUUGUUUCAGCAAAUUCAGCUGCCGGAUUUAAUAUCAUAUAAUGCAAUGAUUUCUGGCUUUUCUUCUUGCAAUGAGACCAAGUCUUCUGUGAGGCUUUUCAGAGAACUGCUUGUUUUAGGGCUGAAAGCCAAUUCAAGCACCAUUGUAGGUUUAAUUCCCGUUGUUUCUCCCUUUGGUCAUUUGGAUCUUACACGCUCAAUCCAUAGUUUCUGCUUGAAAUCUGGUAUUGUAUUUAAUUCUUCAGUGUCAACCGCAUUAACUACAGUUUAUAGUCAUCUGAAUGAAAUUGAGUCUGCAAAGCAGCUUUUUGAUGAAUCCCCAGAGAAAAGCUUGGCAUCUUGGAAUGCUAUGAUUUCAGGUUAUGCACAAAAUGGGCUAACAGAAACUGCAAUAUCCCUCUUCCGGGAAAUGCAAAUGCUUCAUAUCCGUCCAAACCCUGUCACUGUUACCAGUAUUCUUUCGGCUUGUGCUCAACUAGGAGCUAUAAGUCUAGGAAAAUGGGUCCAUGACUUGAUAAACAGAGAGAAUUUUGAAUCCAACAUAUACGUGUCAACUGCUUUAAUAGACAUGUACGCAAAGUGCGGAAAUAUUGGGGAGGCUAGGCAAUUAUUUGACAUCAUGCCCGAGAAGAAUAUGGUCACUUGGAAUGUCAUGAUCUCUGGUUAUGGCCUCCACGGACACGGGAACGAAGCACUAAAGCUCUUUACUAAAAUGGUGGAUUCUGGGGUUCCCCUAUCUGGGGUUACUUUCCUUUCUGUCUUGUAUGCUUGCAGCCAUGCAGGCCUGGUGAGAGAAGGAGAGGAAAUUUUUCAUUCAAUGCUUCAUAAUCAUGGCUUUGAGCCAUUGGCUGAGCAUUAUGCCUGCAUGGUUGACCUCCUUGGUCGAGCUGGAAACUUAGAUAAGGCCUUGGAAUUUAUAAAGAGAAUGCCGGUUGAACCAGGUCCUGAAGUGUGGGGUGCAUUACUAGGUGCUUGCAUGAUUCACAAGGACACAAACCUAGCACGUUUUGCUUCUGACAAGUUGUUUGAAUUGGCCCCAGAAAAUGUAGGAUACUAUGUUUUACUCUCUAACAUAUACUCAGCUGACCGGAACUAUCCUCAGGCUGCUUCAGUACGACAAGUUGCCAAGAAGAGAAAUCUGGAAAAGGCUCCCGGGUGCACUCUUAUUGAGGUUGGUGAGACCCCACAUGUAUUUACAUCCAGUGACCAGUCUCACCCACAAGCAACAGCGAUCUACACGAUGCUGGAAAAGUUGAUGGGAAAGAUGAGGGAGGCCGGCUUUCAGACAGAUACAGUCACAGCAUUGCAUGACGUGGAGGAGGAAGAGAAGGAGCUGAUGGUGAAAUUUCAUAGUGAGAAGUUGGCAAUUGCUUUUGGGCUUAUUACUUCUGAACCAGGAACUGAGAUCAGGAUCAUAAAAAAUCUUCGGGUUUGUUUAGAUUGCCAUAAUUUUACUAAAUUCGUAUCCAAGAUCACAGAGAGAGUUAUUGUUGUGAGGGAUGCUAAUAGGUUCCAUCAUUUUAAGGACGGUGUGUGUUCUUGCAGAGACUAUUGGUGAAACUUUUGUUAUCUGCAGAGUGAGAUCUGCAUCUAACUGUACCAUUGGAGUUUCAUGCCAUCAAACUGGGACAACCUUGUGGUUAUUGCCAAAACUAUACAAAACAAGAUCUUAUUGUGUCUGUGUUCUGGCAUGACACUCCGCGACAUUAAUAGAAGUUAUACUUUUUUCUCACAGCAAAACAAAUUAUAAUUAUAUCUCAUUCAAACCGACUCAACCCAUCUCCUCCAUUACAUCCUACAAACUCUUUCAGCGAUGUGUUGCUCAACUUGAAUAAGCCCUCUUGGCAGUCAAUGUGAAGGGCAAGCUCUUCCUCUUUUACUGGUAGAAAGGAGACCUGACCCGACCCAUGCAAGUUUCUUACUGACAUUCUUAAACGUUUGACAUGUGUUUGGCAGAGAUUUGGGGGAUCUCAGUUUUGUGACACAGGUGAGCAACUGUACAGAGGCAUUUUUCAUUCUGCACUCAACUUCCUGUAAUAUUCUGGUUAUUGUUAUAGCAAAUUUUUUUCCUAACAAUUUUUUGGAUUAUUAUUUUGUUUACUCAAAAGGUGCAACUUUCAUGGGAA